AUGCACAGUAUAUACCUCUACCCUCAGUAUUACAGACACCUCUUGGCUUUUAUUUUUGCUAUUGACGAAAUAAACAAGAAUCCUGAUAUUUUGCCUAAUAUCACUCUGGGCUAUGAUGUUUACGAUUCCUGUUCUGAAGUGAAGAAAGCUAUAGAGAGUGUUAUGCGUAUAUUGUCUGGCUCUGAGUCUCCCGUUCCUAAUUACUCCUGUAUGAAGCAAGGCAAAGUGGCUGGCGUUAUUGGUGAUCUAACGUCAGUUACAUCUUUACCGAUUGCUCACAUACUUGGGGUUUAUGGCUAUACACAGAUCAGCUAUGGGGCUACUGAUGCGCUGUUAAGUGAUAAGUUUCUUUACCCAUCCUUUUUUAGUACAGUUCAAGAUGACCGGACACAAUACGUAGCUAUAGCUAAAUUGGUGAAGCACUUCGGCUGGACUUGGGUGGGAAUCAUCAUAUCAGAUGAUAACAGUGGAGAAGAUGAGAGUCAAGAACUCAGUAAAGAGAUCAGCAAAGAAGAAAUAUGCAUUGAGUUCAAACUUAUAAUUAAACAAGAAGGAACAGUAAAUGAGCAGUUAUUUGAUAGAAAAAACUUUGAGGUUCUUCUAACCUCAACAUCUCAAAUUAUUAUCAUUUGCGGUACAGUUUCUAUAUUCUUUUUUCUUAAUUUAGCUGAGGGAAAAGGCCCACUUAAUGAUAAAACGUUAAUCUUACCUUCAUCGUGGAACUUUAAUAUAGAUCUUGGAAGUUUUCCCAUAGUCCCAUUUAAUGGUAGUUUGUCUCUAUCCAUCCCCAGGAGACACAUACCAGGAUUGCAAGAGUUCUUAGAGAAUAUCCACCCAUCCAGUCGUCCAGAAGAUUUGCUGCUUGCUGAAACCUGGGCAUUAUUUUUUCGUUGCUAUAAUGAAAAGAAACCUAGAAAUGAAGUAUUUGAACAUAUUUAUAAUUUUACUCUCCAUAGUUGUACUGGGAAGGAGAAUAUAGUGAAUAUCAGUAAUGUUGUAUACGAUACACGCAACUUUAGAACAUUGUAUCACAUAUAUGCAGCGGUUUAUAUCAUGGCUCACGCCCUGCACAGCAUUCACAUUUCAGGAUCUCAAAAUGACACCACCGAUUACUUAACAGGCUGCAAUUACAAACAUAAGUUACAGAGAUAUAUUAGAAAGGUUUACUUGAAUGACCAUGAGGGAGAGAAGAUUUAUUUCAAUGAUAAAGGAGAACUGCCCUCAAAGUAUGACAUUGUAAACCGUAUUGUCCUGCCCAAUGGGACCUUCUUGCAGAAACGCGUUGGCAGCUUCAGCAUUUCACAUCCAGAAGGACAUCAGCUUCUCAUCAACCAGAGUGACAUCUUAUGGAAGAACAUUGAUAAUCAGGUUCCACAAUCUCAGUGCUCAGUUAAUUGCUCCCCUGGUUUCAGACGAGUCCUUCUUAAGGGAAGACCUUCUUGCUGCUACGGGUGUGUAAAGUGCUCUGAGGGGGAGGUAUCCAGCCAAACAGACAGUGAUUUUUGUCUGAAGUGCCCGGACACUCAGUGGCCAAAUGAGGAAAAUACUUUGUGUGUACCGAGAGUGUUUGAGUUUCUCUCUUAUGAAACAGAUGAUGUUGCUAUUGUUUUUUCUUUUUUCUCAAUUUUCUUUGCUGUUCUCACUGCCAUCACAUUAGCGAUAUUUGUUUUAUUCAGGGACACUCCCAUUGUAAGAGCAAAUAACCACCAACUCAGCUUCCUUCUCCUUGUCUCCAUCAUGCUGAGCUCCCUCUGUGUGUUCUUGUUCCUCGGACGUCCUGUGGAUAUCACCUGUAUGCUCCGCCAGGCUGCAUUUGGAAUCAUCUUCUCCAUUGCGGUCUCUUCAGUCUUGGCCAAAACGAUUAUGGUCUUAUUUGCUUUUAAGGCUACAAAACCUGGAAACCUCUGGAGGAAAUGGGUCAAAGCAAAACUUUCCAAUGCUAUAGUUGUUUGUUGCUCCUCUAUACAAAUUAUAAUCUGUAUUACUUGGUUGGUGACUUCUCCCCCUUUUCGGGAAUAUGAUACACAAUCACAACCCGGAAAGAUAAUCAUACAAUGUAAUGAAGGGUCGUUAUUUGCUUUCUAUUCUGUGCUUGGGUACAUGGGCUUUUUGGCAUCAGUGAGCUUCAUUGUGGCUUUCAUGGUUAGGAAUCUACCAGAUAGUUUUAAUGAAGGAAAACACAUCACCUUCAGUAUGUUGGUAUUCUGUUGUGUUUGGAUAUGUGUUAUUCCUGCCUAUCUGAGCACAAAUGGUAAAAACAUGGUGGCUGUAGAGAUUUUUGCCAUAUUGGCUUCUUCUGCUGGACUUCUGGGGUGUAUAUUUGCUCCAAAAUGUUACAUAAUAUUGAUAAGACCAGAGAGGAACACUAAAAAGCAAGUUUUUUAUAUGAUUAAGAAGUAA